AUGACUAAAUCAUCAUCUGAAUUAUCAAUUCUAAUCGGAUCGUUUAAUACUCAUCGAAUUUACCCACCUUCAGAUAUCGAUCUUUCUUCAUGGUUGACCUUUCCCCUUAUUACUCCUCAUAUCAUUGCUGUCGGAUUGCAAGAAUUGCCUUUGAAUUUAACACUUUCUCAACAAAAAUCUGAACACCAGUGGCUAAAACUAAUCGGACAAACUCUAUCAAACUACCGGCUCUUAUCACAUGUUCGACUGAAUGGAACAAUUCUUUUCAUCUAUGUGCAAUCGUCUUAUUUGGAUCAAUGUUCAUCUGUAGGAUCAUCGACAGUUCCAACAGGUUUCAUGAACAUCUAUGGCAAUAAAGGAAGUGUUGGCAUUCGAUUCAAUUUCCAACAAACACCUCUGUGCUUCUUGAAUUGUCAUCUAUCAGCCGGAGAAGAUCUGCAUGCUUUUCAGUUACGAAACAAACAAUUUUCACUGAUUCAUCAACGUACGUUAUUCAAAUCAUCGUGUCGUCAACUACAAUGGAAUAUUCAUGAACAUCACGGGAUUUUCUUCUUCGGUGAUUUAAAUUAUCGUCAGACUGAAAAUCAAAAAGAUGAAUUGAAUGAUAAAACGGAUAUUUUAAAAACAUAUACCGAAUUGCCGAUCAAAUUCUCACCGACAUAUAAAUAUCAUUUGAAUUCGAACGCCUAUAACUUAUUGCGUCGGCCUUCGUGGACAGAUAGAAUUCUGUAUCGAAAUAAUCAAUGCCGAAUACAUCCGAUUAAUUAUUGGACAGCUUCAAUGAUACGUUUUAGUGAUCAUCGACCGAUUGCGAAAUUAUUUUCUCUCUCACGGUUCAUUCAUUAA